UUGUUGUUGUGACUGCCGUCCAGAGAGCAGCGGAGUGUUGUUGGAGGGCUGGUGUGCGAAGGUCGCAGUCACUCGCUCCUCUCUCUCAGCAGCUGAACUAAGCAGGACUGUGGAGGGAGGCUGAGCUGCACGUUUGAUCAGCAGAGCUUUCUGGGAUGAACCCACUGAGCAGUGGAACCUGUAGAAGCGCUGCGUAAAGACGCGCGUACAGAGUUAUCCAAAACGGUGCUACAGUAUAACCAAGAACGGACUCAGAAGUACGGGGCACAUUUUUUUUUUUUUUUGCACCCGUCUCUAUAAAUAGGAUCCUUUUCAGCAUUUUCAUACAACUUUUACACUAAAUUCCUCGCUUGCUGUUUGGUUUUGUUUAUCUCCAUGGAUUUAGCGCUGUGAGCGGCAGACUGCAGUGGACUUUGUCCCGGGGACCAUAGCGCCUUCCCCCGCGUCGCUGGAAGAGCCCGACAGCUGUCGUUCGUGUAACAGGCCCCUGCUUUUUGAUGGAUUUAAGACUCAACUUUGAGUUCAGUCGGAUACAUAAACGCUGAAACCUGCUUACAGACUGAUUGGAGGAAAAUCGGCAAACGUAGAGCUCCAAAUGAGGAUUUCAGUAUUCGCUGGGAUCGACCGGGACACGGAGUGAUUUCCACCCCGGUGCCAAUCAUCACUGCGAGGACAGAGCCAACGGAAAGGCUCCACAUUUAGAGACUUUGGGGGUCUCUGAAGUUGCCAAUGCCAGCGGCUGGAGCGUGAGGCCCACUAUAGGCUUCAAGCUUUCAGUUUUGCCUUUUAACCACGAGACACGCACAGCACCCCCAGAAGAUGACGCCGGUCUGCAUGUUCUGUGUUCUGCUGCUCUGUCUGGUGAACAGAGUCACGGCUAGAGCCACCGAUGGCUUAAGAAUAAAAGAUCUUCGAGUCACCAGGCCUCUGAUAGUUCCCGGUUACCCAGAAAACACCACGGCAGUGGUAGGUAGUCAGGCAAAGUUGGUGUGUAAAGUCCACAGGCCAGCAACCACCAAGGUGCAGUGGCUGAAGGUAAAUGUCAGCGGACCAGGACGGAGCCAGGGAGGGCCUCCUCGCCUCAAGGCUCUGACGGCACUGCAGAACAAUGCAUCCAAGGUGAAUACCCUCCAUCUGUCCAACAUCACUCUGGAGGAUGCAGGCGAGUACAUCUGCAUGGCCGAGAACACCCACGCGGGACAGACAGUACAGGCCAUGCAGUCGGCAUGGCUGGAGGUCCUGCCUGGAACCAUCAUUUCCCAAACUGUGGACCUGCCUGCUACUAAAAUCCCCUCAGAUGUUCUCCGGGACCUGAGUGAGGACACCGUGGAGCAUCUUCUGUUAGAGCCAGGCAACAUCCUGAAACUGCGCUGUGACAUGAGCACCCGGCCCGGCAUGGCUGUAAACUGGUACAAGGAAGGAGCCCGGGUUCUGCCCACACCUCGCAUUCAGAUGCGUGGUGCCAUCAUGGAGAUCACAGAUGUAACGUAUGAAGAUUCAGGUGUAUAUAUCUGCGUUCUCCGGGGAAACAAAGAGCCUGUGAGGAAUUUCACAAUCACUGUAGCAGACUCGCUGGGAUCCGGGGAUGAUGAUGAGGACAAUGACUUGGAGGAUUCUUCAGCUGAGAUAGAAAAUGACCAAGUUUACUUCUACAGACGUCCGUAUUGGACGCACCCCCAACGUAUGGAGAAGAAACUAUACGCUGUUCCUGCAGGAAACACGGUGAAGUUUCGUUGCCCGGCCAUGGGCAGCCCCAUGCCGAGCAUCCGCUGGCUCAAAAAUGGACGUGAAUUUAGAGGGGAGCAUCGCAUCGGGGGCAUCAAGCUGAGACACCAGCACUGGAGCCUGGUGAUGGAGAGCGUGGUGCCCUCAGACAGAGGAAAUUACACCUGUGUGGUGGAGAACAAAUAUGGCUCCAUCAUUCACAGCUAUGUUCUUGAUGUCCUGGAGCGUUCACCUCACAGGCCCAUCCUGCAGGCAGGUCUGCCAGCCAACACCACAGCAGUGGUGGGCAGUGAUGUUCAGUUCCACUGCAAGGUCUACAGUGAUGCCCAGCCUCACAUUCAGUGGCUCAAGCACAUCGAAAGGAACGGGAGUCGCUACGGUCCUGAUGGGACUCCGUACGUUCAGGUCCUCAAGACUGGUAGUCUGAACAUGUCAGAGGUGGAGGUCCUCUACCUGUCCAAAGUUACCAUGGAGGAUGCGGGCGAGUAUACCUGUCUGGCUGGAAAUUCAAUUGGCUUUGCCCACCAGUCUGCCUGGCUCACUGUCAUUUCAGAGGAAGAAGCAGCAGAUGCGAUGGACACAAUGGAGACCAAAUAUAGUGACAUCAUCAUCUAUGCCUGUGGUUUCCUGGCUCUGAUCAUGGCCAUCGUCAUCGUGGUGUUGUGCCGAAUGCAGGUCAACCCCAGAAGGGAGCCAUUUGACGCGCUCCCGGUCCAGAAACUUUCCAAGUUCCCUCUUCGUAGACAGUAUUCAGUGGAGUCCAACUCAUCGGGGAAGUCCAGUGCGUCUCUGAUGAGGGUGGCUCGCCUCUCUUCCAGCUGUUCUCCCAUGUUGGCUGGAGUCAUGGAGUUUGAGUUGCCCUAUGACCCAGACUGGGAGUUCCCCAGAGAGAAUUUAACAUUGGGUAAACCUCUAGGAGAAGGCUGCUUUGGUCAGGUGGUCAGAGCUGAAGCCUAUGGCAUCAACAAGGACUGUCCAGAACAGGCCACCACUGUGGCGGUCAAGAUGCUCAAAGAUGACGCCACAGACAAAGAUCUGGCAGACCUUAUUUCAGAGAUGGAGCUGAUGAAGGUGAUGGACAAGCACAAGAACAUCAUCAACUUGUUGGGAGUCUGUACACAGGACGGCCCUCUGUAUGUGCUGGUGGAGUAUGCCUCUAAAGGAAGCCUGAGGGAGUACCUGCGGGCCCGACGACCUCCAGGCAUGGAUUACACUUUUGAUGUGACCAAGGUGCCUGAAGAACAGCUCACCUUUAAAGACCUACUGUCUUGUGCCUACCAGGUGGCCAGAGGGAUGGAGUACCUGGCCUCUAAAAGAUGCAUCCACAGAGAUUUGGCAGCCAGGAACGUUCUGGUGACCGAGGACAAUGUGAUGAAGAUUGCUGACUUUGGCCUUGCCAGAGGAGUCCACCACAUCGACUACUACAAGAAAACCACCAAUGGACGGUUGCCGGUGAAGUGGAUGGCACCAGAAGCUUUGUUUGACAGAGUCUACACACACCAGAGUGACGUGUGGUCAUUUGGUGUUCUGAUGUGGGAAAUUUUCACGUUGGGUGGCUCACCGUACCCUGGAAUCCCUGUUGAGGAACUCUUUAAGCUGUUGAAGGAAGGACAUCGCAUGGACAAACCAUCAAACUGCACACAUGAACUCUAUAUGAUGAUGCGUGAAUGCUGGCAUGCUGUUCCCACCCAGAGACCAACCUUCAAACAGCUGGUUGAAGAACUGGACAGAGUGCUGCUGUCCAUCUCCGAUGAGUACUUGGAUCUGUCGACGCCUUUUGAACAAUACUCCCCCUCAUGCGAGGACACAUCCAGCUCCUGCUCCUCUGACAACGACUCAGUUUUUACCCACGAUGCCUUAUCCACUGACCCCUGCCUCUUGGGCUACCAGGACGUGCACUCUCGGAUGAAGACGGCUCUUCGAUAGGCGCCCGGACACAUACAUACAAACACAACACUAGAGUGGGGAAACACUACUUUGGGCUUUUGAGUGAGGUAACAUCCUCUGGCUGCCAAAUCGAAGGACUGCUGCUCCCUUUCUAAAUGUAAAGAUUUAUUUGUGCAAUGUUGUUCAUUGGACCUCCACUGUGGCAUCCAACAAAGCCCUUAGAUAUAGAUAGCACUAAGUGCUCCAUGGUGGAGAUCUGAGGAAAAACGUUACAUCGUGGGCUUAAGAAUGAGCAGAAGAAAUGAGGACAAACAAAUCUUUGAACAGCUGUGGCUUUGGAGGCGCUAAACUCAACACAAGAGACCCUGGUGCUAAAAAACACCGUGAAGGGCUUUCUUUGAGAUCUCCACAAACUCAACCCAAAACCAGGGCUGGAAAACCUCGGUCAGAAAGACAUUUUGACAAAAACAAACAAACAAACAAAAGAUUUAUUUUGCUAUGAUAGAAGAUAAGAAACUGUUUGUUAAAUAUAAAUCUGUUUAUAUAAGAUUAUAUUACUUUUGUGUUGCUUAUUUAAAGAGAAAACAGUCUUAAAUCUCAGGAUCUCUCACGCUAAGAAGUUGCUGUAGUAGCAAAGUGCCUGAAUAGAUGAUUUCCUGUGAAUAUAUUCAAAUAUUCAAAUAUUGUAUGUACAUAUCAACAACAGAAAGACAAUGGCCUUUUUUAAAUUAUUCUGAAUGACACAAAAGUGAAGGCUAUUGUGGGCUAAAGAAGAGAGGAAUUUAAUCAAGUGCCAAACCUUCAUGUCUUCACGUCCCGCUUUCUUUCCAAAAUACCAGUUUUAUCUCCGGUGGUAUCCCCAAAUGUAAAUGAGAAAUGAAACACUAUUGGAACUCUCCAGAAUCCACAACAUUUUUAAAAACAGUCCACAUUUUGAAUUAUGACUGAUUGACUGAAACAUAAAAAUUAAAGCCUUAAGUCCUUGUGGUGAGAAGAAAUGACGACUUAGGCAUUUAAUCAUGACUUUAACUUGUGAAAUUUGGGAAUGAAGCCCUCCAUUUGACAUUUUCAUUUUAACCUCAAUGCCAAGAAAAGGUUCAGAACCACAAAGAUUCCAGUUUUAAUGAAGCUCUUAUGGAUUAUAAGAUAAGUUUUGAUCGUGUCUCAAAGCCGCAAAGGUUGUGAGACUGACUCGUUUAUAUAUUCAAGCAACCACAUGACCUUUGAGGCAACAUUACGCGGUGCUCCUGUAAGAACAGCUCUACACUUACACGAAUGCUUUGUCAAGGACAGUGUGUCCAGGGUGGGUCCUCAAAGACGGGCUGACAUUUUUAGCUUGAGGACUCUGUUGGGCUUCAGUGUCACUGCUGACAAGGAGAGGAGGGCAAGCAUGGGGGGGACACUGAAUGUGAAAGCCUGUGUGAUUGAUUUCAAAUAGAGGAGGAGGGGGAAGGACCCCUAUUGUCUGCCUGCAGCCCUUCACCCAGCCAGAUCUGUUGGCAAUAGGUCCUCAGGUCCACAGCCCGGCUGGACAAUGAAAGCUUUGCAGGCUUAAUGGGUGUGACUACAGACCAGAGGGAGUUUGGGGGGUGGUGCUGUGGGCAUAGCUUGGGCUUGUGUGCAAAUGAAGAGGCUCUUAUUAUGGUAAUGUCUCCUCUUCUCUCCCUAUCUUUAUCCCCAAAGCCUCCAUCUUUUAAAUUACAAAUCUUAAUUCAGAUUUGCAGCCCUGCCACUGCCAUCAGGACCAGCUGUAGACAAAUUCCCCUGUGGGCUAAAAUGCCUCCUGGAUCUGAGAUCGACACAGAUGAUCAGCUUCUUUGGUUUUUUGGCACUGUUUGCAUCACCAGUUCAAAGCUUUCACGUCUUUAAGAUGUUCAGACGUUUAAAAAAUGGAGGGUUUGAUUUAAAAGAAAAUGCUUUAAAUUCAUCAACUGGUCAUUUUAUUGUGUCUGGAGAAAACAAAGGAUUCAUGAAUCUAAGUUCUCACUCACCUUCACUGUGUCAUUUUGGAAAAACGCUUCAUCCACCAAGUGUCCAAAAAUCAUUAAUAUUUCUACAUUCCAGUUAUCUGCUCUUCUCUCACAUACAAUUGUAAACAAUCAUGGCAUUCUUAAACAUUUCCUCAAGAGAAUUA